UUCAGCAAAAGUCCCAAAAUAGGCUUCAUUUAUUAACAACCAUUCAUUUAUUAGUAUUCAUCACUUCAACACUCAGCUCAUCUCUAAAUCUCUAUAAUCUUCUAUUUUCUGGUUAUAGUCGUUCGCCACUUCAUUUGAUCCAAGUUAUGGAGCUCGCUCUUUGCUGGCCUUCUUCUUCCUUCGUUUCUGCACAUUAUCACAACAAAGGCGAUGCUUUCAAAAGCAAAUUUCCAAGUUCGUUUACUGGAAAAUUGAUGUACAGCAAUUCCAUUUCCACCAGAAAUGCAGGAACAAUACCAACACGGCGUGCCCUUAUUUCUUCCGUGCUUGGUCGGAAGGCGGUGAAAGGGACUACUGUUAUUCCUGACCCUGAUUAUCGAAUUCCAGUUGUGCUUUUUGGAAUGGCUGGUGGUUUUGUUUAUGCUGAUAAUUUAGUAGCGGCAGUACCUGUUGGCCUUCUGGGGUUGCUUCUGCUAGUCCAGGCAACAAGAGUGAGAUUUGUCUUUGAUAAGGAAGCCCUGGAAGUAAAAGUUGGAGAUCAGCUUCAAGAGUCGGGUGAAAAUGUUUUUGUAGGUGGAAAAAACCGGUGGAAAUAUUCAACGUUUGUCAACUGGGAGCUCUGGUGGCCAUCGUUCCCAAUCCUGGUUUAUUUCAAAGAGACACAGACAAAACCUGAAGGACAAAUCCAUUUUUUCCCAGUAAUAUUUAAUGGGAAACAACUCUAUAAUGCUUUAGUGGAAAGAUGCGGUCCUUCAAAAACUAGCGGACCCAGCUGAAAUGAGAUGGGCAACUAAACUGUGUUCAAACAAUAGUAAGAGUGGAAGCUGCUAUUUGCAAAGUUGAAGCAAACCGAAGGAAUGAACCAAGAAGAGGAGACAUUGUAGAUCAAGUGUAGAUAAAUAGUAUGUUGGAUGUAGCAACAUAUAUCAUGUUGCAACUUUGUUUAUAUGCAUAUAGAGGAAUGUUAUGUUGUAAUUCUAAAUAUCUAAUUUCUUAUGUUAACAUUGUUCAUGGACUA